CAUGCCAAUUCUGCUUGAAUCUGCAGGGUCUACAAUGCCGCCCAAUGAUCAUGCCCGGGCAUCGCAACAACUGUAAAGCCAAAUCCUCCUCAUCUUGCCGGCUGUGUGAGAUCGUGUCUUGAUUCAAUCCACCGAGUCGCAAAGAUCGCACGUGGCCGAUACGCUCGAUCUCGACCGCGCAUCGAACUGUCCUUGACUUCGCCUUCACCUGCGCACGUCCCUUCCCACGCAUUCCCACUUCACCAGUGAAUCAUCGCUCCGCACCCGCGACCCUCCUCCGCCGUGCAUCGCGCUAGAACUACCCGUCCCUAUCUGGUGUCUCUGCGACUAGAUGACGAAAUCAAUUCAUCCUGUCUGGCCUCGGCCUUGUCGAUAGCGAUUCCCAAACCCCAUCGAUCCCACGACAGAAGAGCGCAAACACUUUCGGCUGGACAGUCAUCCGUCUCAUCACUGUCGCAGUGGACUGAGGCUGUUGCACAUUGCCCCCGCAGUGCACGCCAACAGUAUCCGGCUACAGACGACUGGUCCCGGUCGUGGAAACAGUGGCCGCGAUGUCCUCGGAUUCACGACAUCCUCGAAAGAGCCUCGAAUUCCUUGACGAUGGCAGGCCCCGGUUUCACGGCUGCUCAAGAAUCACCGAGUAUGAAUACAUGGGCAAACUCGGCGAGGGUACUUUUGGCGAAGUGUCCAAGGCCAAAUCCAAGAGAACAGGGCAGAUUGUGGCGCUGAAAAAGAUCUUGAUGCACAACGAGAAGGAUGGCUUCCCCAUAACCGCACUGCGGGAGAUCAAAUUGCUGAAGCAACUCGACCACAUCAAUGUCUUGAAGCUGUCAGAGAUGGCCGUCGAGCGACCGAAGAAUGCGAGCAAGAAAACCAGCAUGUUCAUGGUGACGCCGUACAUGGACCACGAUCUUUCGGGGCUCCUGGAAAACCCGGACGUCAAUUUUACCACGCCACAGAUCAAGUGCUACAUGAAACAACUCCUCGAAGGCUGCGCAUAUCUCCACGAGAACAAAAUCCUACACCGAGAUAUGAAGACCGCCAACUUGCUCAUCAACAAUCGAGGAAUUCUCCAGAUUGCAGAUUUCGGGCUGGCGCGUCCUUAUGACGACGAGCCUCCCAAACCGGGUCAAGGAGGUGGAGAAGCCACCAGAGAGUACACUACCUUGGUUGUGACACGAUGGUAUCGACCACCAGAACUACUCCUCCAGCUGCGCAAGUACACCACUGCGAUCGACAUGUGGGGAGUUGGUUGCGUCUUUGGCGAAAUGUUCAAGCACAAGCCCAUUUUGACUGGAGACAGUGAUCUGAACCAGGCCAGGUUGAUCUUUGAGCUGCUGGGAUCCCCUACAGAAGAGAAUAUGCCUGGUUGGCGCGAGCUUCCGGGCGCAGAGGCGAUCCUGGAGUUCGAGCAAAUGCCGUCUACACUCAGUCGUCAAUUCCGCGACCUCGAGCCUUUAGCCCUUUCAUUAUUGAGCGAGCUUUUGAAGCUGGAUUGGCGAAAACGAAUCAACGCUAUCGACGCCCUCAAACAUCCUUACUUUCACUCUGCACCCUACCCAGCGAAACCUGAAGACUUACCCUCUUUUGAAGAGUCGCACGAACUGGAUCGAAAGAAGUUCAGAGAUCAGCGAACUAAACGACCGCCUGCACCGGCUGGUGGAUCCGUAGGUAUCGGCCCGCAGGGAGAAUGGGGUAUCAGUGGGAGGCCACUUCCACCAUAUGAAGGAAUGCGUGGCGGCGGUCCUCCUCAUGGUGCUCGCAUACCCGGUGGCAGACCUCCAUACGUAAACGGCCACAACAGUCAAUCCUACAACAGACGACCACCCGGCCCGCCUUCCCAGAAUGGUGCGUAUGGUGGUGGGGGUGACUAUCGAGGUGCGAAUCCCUAUCCACCUCAUCGAGACAUGCCACCAUAUGACCAAGGUCAUCGUCCUUCUUAUGAUGAGUCGUAUCAGCGACGACCCCCUGGCGACCAUCCACUACCACCACGACUGCCACCUGCAGAGGUCGACUCGUAUCGCCACGGCCCGCCAGAUGGUCACCCUUAUCGUGAGGAUGGGCGCGGCCCACCUCCACCAAGAUCUCGAGCUCCCCCAACUGCUAGUGGCGGCGCUGGUCCUGCAGGCGGUAGCAACCGUGACACAUAUAUCCCUCCAUACUCGAGUGCCGACCCUCAUGCGGCCCCGCCUAAGCAUCGACGCAGGGAUGAUCGGCCAGCGUACCGGGAUGGACCCCCUGACUAUGGCGAACCAUUACGCUAUGAGGAGCCUGGUGCGAGAGAAGCACCAGACAGGGACCGGGACCGAGAGCGAAGACCACGGAGUCGAAGUCCAUUACGGGAUUGGGAACGGGAUAUGCACGGAAACCGGGAUAGGAGAGACAGGGACCGAGAAAUGGGAAGAGACUACAGAGAACGAGACAGAGACAGAGGUGGUUAUGGCGGACAAGAUCCGUAUCGUCGAUAGGAACGACGAGGCUUCGGAUAUGGUGGUACAGCCAUCGGCAACGGGAGGAAACACACACUCGCCGAUUACUACAGGUUCCUACAAAGCGGUGUGGUGCAAUACCAACCUCCACCAUGGAAAUGAUGGUAUUGGCUCGAAUGGCUUAGGAUGAUGACGAGGAUGGGGACGAAGGAUGCGUUCUUGCAUUUGCAUAGCGAACGGGGCGCGAUGGGAUCGAUUAAAACAGGGCAAGGCAAGCACAGCUGCACGAUUAUAGGGCGCAGCAUUAGUCUCUGCCCUUCACCGCAUGGCGUUCAAUUGGUUGAUGAAGGGCAGGGCAACACCGGGCUGAUGCGAAUCUCCAAAGCUGGGGGUCGGAAAAAGCAAACAACGAUGAUACCCCCGAGGGACUUUAUGUCACCUUUCCAGUUGAAAGAUUUGCUUGUGGGAAGGAUAAAGAAUGGGGGCUUUUGUCUUUCUUUCUAUUAAUGCCGGAAAUAUAUACUUAGCUAUAGCAUUGAAGAUCAAGAAAAGUUUUCGACAUGAUCGUCUCCUCGAUAGAUGCUACUGUAAUG